AUGAGGCACCGCCAUCUGUUGGCCGGCUUAGGCUGGCUACUCGCAGCCGGCAGCACCGUCGUGAAUGGGCUUUGCAACCCUCAAAAUGCCACUUACAGCAACGAAUCACCGCCAAACGGGACUUACAUGCCCUGGGUCCUGAUGGGCGCCAUCAACAACGUCCCCGGUGCAAAGCAGUACAUCACCAUCGUAAACCUGACGCCUCACAGAUUCGUCCUGCAAAACACACACUCCUAUCAGAUGGAUGUCUUUGACUGGGGCGAUGUUCCGCAAGGCCAUGCCCGCCAAAACACCGUUGUUUACACCAGCAAAGCCGGGAAGAACGCCGUAGACGACGGCGGCGAAGCAUACUACGCUAUUGACGGGACGGACAAGACCUUUGUUGUUCGAGCGGCCACUCAUAUCCCAGAUGCACACCCGACACGAACAGUCAUUGAUCUCACGGGCAUGGGCCAAGGUCAGCGCGAAUACUUGGACCCCGCGAACCAAUCGCCGGUGACGCUGGUGAUUACGGGGAGCGACAGCUACGGCUUCAUGACAUCGAUCCGGUUCGGUGCUGGCAACUGGAUGAAGAACAUGUACGAUGUCAUCAAGGACAGGCAGCUUCAGCACGUCGUCAUGCCGGGGUCCCAUGAUGCCGGGAUGAGCACCAUCAGUAACAAGCUGAUGGGAGGAGGCAUCAGUGAGAACACACAAACUCAGGGCCUCAACAUCUACAAUCAGCUCUGGGCAGGCUCCCGGUACUUUGACCUGCGCGUCGGGUCAGUGCACUCCAUCACGGACACCUCCGACUACAGCUUCUGGACGCUGCACGUCAGCGGCGAAACAAAUGAAGUCGCCCUGGGCAACUCGGGAGAAUCCCUUGACGAUGUCAUCAACGAGAUCAACCAGUUCACGGCCGAGGCUCCAGGAGAAGUCAUCUUCUUCCGCGUCAGAUACCUGAUUGGCAUCCGAGAGGUCCCCAGCCUGGGCCCCAUUUACUGGACGACGGACAUUGUCAACGACUUCUUCGGCAAGCUCAGGGGCGUCAACAACCGCUGCGGCAACCUCGACACCAGCACCACCUUUAACCAAAAGUCGGCGUCGUAUUUCAUGGACCAGAACGGAGGAAACGGCUGCGUCAUCUUCCUUCUCGCCGGCGACCUGACCCCAGAUGUUCCCCAAGACUCGAUAGCAGAUGGCAUAUACAAGGCCGAUCAGCUUUCCAUCGCAGACGACUGGUCCAACAUGGGCAACACGCAGGACAUGGCAGAGGACCAGGCAUCAGACUGGAAAGCCGUCAGCCGCGGCGGCAGCUCCGACACGUUCCACAUCAGUCAAUGGCUUGUGAGCGCGGACAUUGUCACCACGACCUUUUUCACCAUCGAGAGCAUCGGUAUUUUGCCGACCAACCCGGCGUUAUAUUGGAUGGGCGUCAAUAACAUGUCGCCGCAGAGCUGGCCGACCGUCAUCCUCGUCGACUACAUCGGCGUCGUCGUCAAGGGCCAGCACGACUGGGACCAGCUGAGCGCCGAGCUGUACACGCUGGCCAUUGGCUUGAACCUGUACAUGAUCAGCGAGAACUGCGACGUGAGCACAAUUGCUUCGCCCCUUUUGCCUGGUGAGCGAACGGCGCAGAAGAUGACCUCUAUGGCGAAGCCCUGGAAUGGCAUUCACUAUGCGAACGGCACGAUAGUCGACGAUGCGCCGCGCCACGAGCAUCCCGGCCGCGUCGAGAUUCUGCGGAAAGGGACAAGAUUCAUGAAUGGCACGGUGCUGGAACACGAUGUCGUGAACCCUUAUUUUAACUCCACGAGCAUGUAA